GAAGCGAAGCGCGAGAGGGGAAGAGGAGCGUGCAAGCGGAAGAGACGAGCCCCUUCCACCAACUCCCGAGAGCGAGGCCGUCUUUCUGGCUUCUCAGCGAGCGGCGGCGGCAGGAAGAGCCUCUCGGCCGAGGGCGGCGGCCAACUGCUGUGAGUGCACAAGGGAGAGGCCCAGGCGGCGGCGGCGGCGGCGGUAGCAGCAGCAGCAGCAGCAGCUCUCGGGUUGCGGUGAAGAAUGUCAGCCACUAGCGUGGAUCAGAGACCUAAAGGGCAAGGAAAUAAAGAUCUGUGGGGAGGUGGCACUUUGCAAGGCUAUUUGAAAUGCUAAGUGUUUUGUGUUACCUGCUUUAAGUUUCAGUACAAAACGGUUCGAUUCAUCAAAAAGAUGCUGUAAAUGAUGAUGAUUUUGAGCCAUACUUAAGUAGCCAGACAAAUCAGAAUAACAGCUAUCCACCAAUGUCAGAUCCAUACAUGCCUAGUUACUAUGCUCCAUCCAUUGGAUUUCCAUAUUCGCUUGGGGAAGCAGCAUGGUCCACAGCUGGAGACCAGCCUAUGCCAUAUCUGACAACCUAUGGACAGAUGAGUAAUGGAGAGCAUCAUUAUAUACCAGACGGUGUGUUUAGUCAGCCUGGGGCAUUAGGAAAUACCCCUCCAUUUCUUGGUCAACAUGGAUUUAACUUUUUUCCUGGUAAUGCUGAUUUCUCUACAUGGGGGACAAGUGGAUCUCAGGGACAAUCAACACAAAGUUCUGCUUAUAGUAGCAGUUACGGCUAUCCACCUAGUUCUCUUGGGAGAGCUAUUACUGAUGGACAGGCUGGAUUUGGCAAUGAUACUUUGAGCAAGGUGCCUGGCAUUAGCAGUAUCGAGCAAGGCAUGACCGGACUGAAAAUUGGUGGUGACCUAACUGCUGCAGUGACAAAAACCGUAGGAACAGCAUUGAGCAGCAGUGGUAUGACCAGCAUCGCAACCAAUAGUGUGCCCCCGGUUAGCAGUGCGGCACCGAAACCCACCUCCUGGGCUGCCAUUGCCAGAAAGCCCGCCAAACCUCAACCGAAACUUAAACCCAAGGGCAAUGUGGGAAUCGGGGGUUCCGCUGUGCCGCCACCUCCUAUAAAACACAACAUGAAUAUUGGAACUUGGGAUGAAAAAGGGUCAGUGGUAAAGGCUCCACCAACCCAACCAGUUCUGCCUCCUCAGACUAUAAUCCAGCAGCCUCAGCCAUUAAUUCAGCCACCACCCCUGGUGCAGAGCCAACUGCCUCAACCGCAGCCUCAGCCGCCACAAGCGCAGCAGCCACAAGGACCUCAGCCACAGGCCCAGCCUCACCAAGUGCAGCCCCCGCAGCCGCAGCUGCAGAACCGCUGGGUGGCGCCCCGGAACAGGGGGGCCGGCUUCAACCAGAACAAUGGAGCGGGCAGUGAAAACUUUGGUCUAGGUGUCGUUCCUGUCAGCGCUUCCCCAUCGAGUGUGGAAGUGCAUCCCGUGCUGGAAAAGCUAAAGGCCAUAAACAACUACAAUCCCAAAGACUUUGACUGGAACCUGAAGAACGGACGUGUGUUCAUAAUUAAGAGCUAUUCUGAGGAUGACAUACACCGUUCCAUUAAGUACUCUAUCUGGUGUAGUACUGAGCAUGGGAAUAAGCGUUUGGAUGCGGCUUACCGUUCCCUGAAUGGGAAAGGCCCACUCUAUUUGCUCUUCAGUGUGAAUGGCAGUGGACACUUCUGUGGAGUGGCUGAGAUGAAGUCUGUUGUGGACUAUAAUGCGUAUGCUGGAGUCUGGUCUCAGGAUAAGUGGAAGGGCAAAUUUGAAGUUAAAUGGAUCUUUGUCAAAGAUGUCCCCAAUAACCAAUUACGGCAUAUUCGCUUAGAAAAUAAUGACAACAAACCAGUUACCAAUUCAAGGGACACUCAAGAGGUACCCCUAGAAAAAGCUAAGCAAGUGCUUAAAAUAAUUGCUACUUUCAAGCAUACCACCUCAAUCUUUGAUGACUUUGCACAUUAUGAAAAGCGUCAAGAAGAGGAGGAAGCCAUGCGUAGGGAGAGAAAUAGAAACAAACAAUAACCCUAUGAAGAUAUCCUGUUAGAAUUACAACACUAAUGAUGUAGACUCUGGAAAUGCCUAAUAAGUCAAAGAAGACGUUAUUAAAGCUUUUUUCUGCUUAAGGUGACAUCUUUGAACUCUAACAACACAGAAUUGACUCUUCUUGUAAUGGUUUUCAUCAGCGCGUCUGCCCUUAUACUCUCACCAAACACACUUGAGAACUGUAACUCCGUCAAGCACUUUCUGUCCUGAAGCUUUUACCAGUAUCUGCUGUCUUUUGUAAUUAUGCAUCCUAGCUAAGGCACAGAAGACUGAAUGAAUGCAAGGAUUCAUUAACUCUUUGAAUUUGUUAAAUACUAACAGUUAACCAUUAGAAGUGGUUCAAUGAUGUAAGAGUCACACUGCUUCAACUUUUUCUUUGUUGUAGUUUUUAAAUUGUCAAUUUUUAGCUAUUUGACAGAUUAAAAGCAAAAGAAUCAUGCCAUACUUAGUCCUGGAGUUAAAGUCUAAAUGUUUAUGUGAAAAUUAUUGUAGUAAACUUUUAAUAUGGCAAAGCAACCUUAAGCUCUAUUUUAGCCAAAUGAAACAUAAUCUGAGAUUAUAUUAGAACAUUUCCCUUGUCUUCAAACUGUUUGGUGUAACAGAAUAUUGAUAUGCAGCUUGGUGGGUCUCACCAGUUAAUGCACAUUCUUCUCCCCUCCUUCCCCCAAUAAUAUGUAUACUGAAAAAUGUGCAUUUGUCUGAGGAAUUAUUUUGUUUGCUACCACUUAAUGAAUCUCAAAAUUUUGAGUAAUGUACCUCAGUCUAAUCAGACUUUUUAUGACCUUUAUAACUACAUUUAAAACCCUUAAUUCCUAUUUCUGGGUGUUUGCGAGCCUGACUGCUAUCAUGAAGUAAAAAUUUAUUACUCUAGGUAUUCACUAGCUAAAUAAACAUAGUUCUUGUUUAGCAAGCAUAUAUUGUUCCUCAACUCCUUUCUCCGGCUUUUGCGGUGUCCUGGCAUCCUUAAAAUAUUUGAAAAUAUGGCCUUGAUCCAUGGAUUAAAUCAGUAUCUAAGUGAAUGUGUUGAUGUUUUAUUGAUCAGAUCUAUAUAAAUGGGAAUACAGCAUAUAUCUGGGUAUUCUUAUAGUUAUCUUUUUAACAUCUUAUUUUUUUCAUUAAUGACAUAUCAACGUUAAUUUUGUAUCUUGAAACAAAUUGAUUUUGUAUAAUUAAACGUGUCAAGCAUCUGUAUUACCUGAUUUGAUGGCAUAUGGUUAUGAAAUAAUGUACUGCCCCUUAUAUUACGGUUCCAAAAGGAGAAAGCUAUGUAGAAAGAUACAUUAAGGAUGGUAAUAGCAAUAUAGUAGGUUUGAAUACCUUGAUGUUUUGCAUUACUCCACUUAUGUUUACAUCAUGUUUAGAAAUGUUUUCAUUACUAUGGUCUUUGGUCACUUCAACUCAAAAAUUUAAUGACAUAUUUCUUUGAGGCUUUCAUUUAUAUGAUUUUUUUUUUUGUACAAUAUUUUCUUAAAAUAUACAAAUACUGUAUUCAGGUGAAAAAAAAUACAGUAUUUGUAGAUAAAUUGUAGUGACUUCACAGUGCUUUGGUAGUCCCAGCAUAGUUAUCAGUGUUUACUGAAGGGAACAUCAAAAUAUUAAUAGUGUAUUACAAAAAUCAAGACUUUCUUAAAGGAAAAUUGCACCUGUUUUACCUUUUUCAGAGUAAGCCAUGAAAUCUUGUAAGAUAUCUCUUAACUAUUUAUAAUGAAAGUUGGCGUUUGGGUGUAGUCCCCGCAGCAGCCUUCCACGUCCCUUGGGUUAUAUAGGUGGGACGGGUCAGAGAAGACCAUUGUCACUCUGAAGGUCCUGUGGGAGAAAACUGUGCAUGAGUGACCUGUAGAAAGGCUCUGAGUCCUCUGAGCUGCUCUUUUUCUUGGUGCUUUAUUAGCAACUCUGAAUAUUUUUUAUAAAACUAGUUGUUACAUUAUUCACAGAUCGAAACUUGUUUCAUUUACAGUAGGUUUCUGUGUAAGAAACGUCACAGAACACUCAACAGGCAGGCUGAUUGCAAUAGCAGACUCAGAAGUGUCACCUGUAAUUCUACUCGUGGUGAGGAGUUCCUCCCAGUGCCUUUAACCUGGAUUUCUAAUAUUAAGUGAAAUGGGUGCAGCAUUCCUUUGGGAAAAACAAAACUUUUCAAUCGGUGAAUUUUUUUUCCCCCUCAUUUAAGUUUUCUUCAGAGUACCUACUUUCUCUCCCUUCUUGGUCUGUCAACGUGCAGCAGAAUAUUUUUCCUCUUAAGUGAAAGGAUCGCAGGUUGUCUCAUUAGCACAAGGAAUGGGAGGUUUCUUAACUCCUGGGACCCAGAAGGGUGAGAAAUUGGGCUCUUCAACAGGAGACUGACCCCGUAUUUUGAGCAAUCACAGAUUGAGACAUUAUUGGCCCAGUAAACUCCUUGCCUAAUGUUUUUCCAAGAUCUGGUUUGAAUGUUUCUUAAUUAAAGUUUAUCUUAUAUGGGUGUUUUAUUUUGAAAGGUAUUAUAUAGUUUGUAUAUUUAACAGUAAGGGGGAAAAUGUAACCAAAAUUAGUAUUCUUUCUCUAUACAUAUUGGUACUUGAAGAUUCCUUUCAGAAGAAACCCCAGCCUUUUCCUGAGUUCAGUCCUCGUUUUAACUUAAGUGAUCUUUUUAAUUCUGAAGCUGUGUUCUUUUUGAAUACCAUGCAUGGGGGUUAAAGCUGAUGUUAAAACAGUUUGCAAUAAAAAAAAAAAAAAGAAUCAGCUUAAGUCAUUUAAUCAUUUCAAGUGCAUUCUGCAUCCUAUAAACAUAAGUUUGAGAAAUUUAAGAGAAUUGUGUUUCAUGAAGUUUUGCAUAUCUUUUGUUAUGCCAUGUAAAUUCCCUUCUUUUUCAUAUGAUUAAAGAAAGGUUAUGAUAAAAUGAUUAGUUCAUUUACAUUCACUUGUAGCAAUUACAUGAGAAUUUGAAUUUUGUCGUGUUUGGGUUUGUUCAUUCCUGUGAAUGAUGGUACAGUUAGGUGAGAUUUUCUGUUAUGGUACCCAAACUCACCAUUUGGUCCUCUUAAUCUUUGAGGGUUUCAAUAAAAAUUGUU